GUCACUUCACUAGAGAAACAUUUGACUUAAGCAGAACAGCUGCAUGGAAGCCAAGAUGGGGAAAACCUUGGAGCCUAUGCUGGGAUUAUUGGUCCUGAACUCACUGUUCUGCUGUGGACAAACUCACGCAGACAGACCCACGGCCACAUUGACAGCAGGUUCAACAACCAUACCAGUAGGGGGCAGUGUGACACUGAGCUGCUCAGUGGAGCCCUCUGCUGGAUGGAAGUACAGAUGGUUCAGACGGACAUCAGACACACCUGAAGCUGAAAUCACAACAAAUAAUGAAGACAACAGAGAAAUCACUGUGACACUAGGAGGAAUCUACAGGUGUGCAGGAGAGAGAGGAAUUCCUGCCUUCAUCAGCCAUCUAAGCCAUGACGUUACCAUUGAAACAACCUCAGACAGACCCACGGCCACAUUGACAGCAGGUUCAACAACCAUACCAGUAGGGGGCAGUGUGACACUGAGCUGCUCAGUGGAGCCCUCUGCUGGAUGGAAGUACAGAUGGUUCAGACGGACAUCAGACACUCCUGAAGCUGAAAUCACAACAAAUAAUGAAGACAACAGAGAAAUCACUGUGACACAAGGAGGAAUCUACAGGUGUGAUGGAAAGAGAGAAAAUCCUGUCUUCAUCAGCCUUCUAAGCCAUGACGUUACCAUUGAAACAACCUUGAUUGUUAACUAG